AUUCCAAGCCAUGCUCACUCCUGUUGGAUCUUUCUCAGCCUCACGUGGAAUGCAAGGAUCCAUGUCCAUUGUAUCGGCACUUCUCCCUCCCUCCAAAAAGACAAAAACCAACUCUAGCUCGACGGUACAGUAUCGUAGCUAGCAAGUGUUGUGUAUUUCUCUGGGUCGGCUGAGGAAGAGAGAAAGCAACGAUGUUGAUUUGUAAUCUACGAUCGCACGCUACGGGGGGACGACGAUGGAUCACCAGGACUUCUUCUUUGGUUGCUUCCGCAAGUCGCUGUGGUAGCACCGUUGCUACCCAACAUCCAUUUGUCCUACCCAAUCGAGACGAGUCGGUCCUCUUGGGUUGUGUUUCGUACGAUCCAGCGGUCGGGUCGAUUUGGUCCAUGAUGCGCCACUAUCUGCGCUCGGCGGGUGGUGUCCCGGGCUUUGAUUUUGUGCUCUUUAGCAAUUAUGAGCAACAAGUACGGGCUCUGCUCGAUCAGGAUAUUGACAUGGCUUGGAACGGACCUCUGGCUCAUGUUCUCUGCGAAGCACACGCCAAAGAACCGAUUGUGUCCCUUGGCAUGAGAGAUGUGGACUGUGAUUUUGAGAGCAUUGUGGUGGUGACAAAAGAGAGUGGAAUCAAAAGCCAACAAGAGUUGCAAGGCGCACAGUUGCUUUCGGGGGCCCAGGAUUCCCCACAGGCUCAUGUCAUUCCUCUGUUCCAUCUCCAAUCCAACCAGAAAUUGGAGGUAUCGGUCCAAGCCCAAAAUGAAGAUAUUGGAAAGCACGGAGACACGGCUUUGGGAGAGGUCAAAGCUCUCGAGGCCUUGGCAUCGGAUGACAACCAGUUCCAGGGAGCAAUCUUGUCUCGGAUGAUGUGGGAUCGCGCCAUCCACGGCCAGCUUGACUCGGUAAAGGCAGACAGGCUACUAAAGAAUGCCUCUGUCUUGGAAGAUGUCUCCAUCCCCAAAUUUGAUCACUGUCAGUUUGAUGCCUUGCUGUCCACGACAGAAUCUUGCAAACUCGACUCCUUCUACAAAGGGUUGCAUGGGAUGGAUAUGAGCGAUCCAGCCCAGGAGCCAGUAAUGAAGCUGGAGGGCAUUCGUCGCUCAUGGGCCAAACCAAGGCAAGAAGGAUACGAUAUUGUAAGAGCCGCCAUUGGCAAAAUGGGUCUGACUGCAAAGAGAGCCCAGAACUUUGUACCUACGGGGGCGAGAACCUUCUCCACAACAACCAGCACUGCCAAGCAUUCUGAUAGACUUGAACCAGGGAAACGAAUUGGUGUGAUUGGAUGUGGUGUCGCCGGUCUGCAGGUCAUUCGAUCCAUGCGUGCACGAGGCUACGACGUCACCGCAUUCGACAAAGCCAAUGAAGUGGGCGGCCUUUGGAGAGAAAAUUAUGCCAAUUUUGGGCUGCAAGUACCGAAGCAACUGUACGAGUUGCCAGAUCUAGAAAUGGAGGAAGCCAAAUGGGGUGAAGUGGCAUCAGGACCUCAGGUGCAAGCCUACAUCAAGAGAUUCGCCGACAAGUUUGAUCUGAACAGAGCGGUGGAGCUCAACACUGCAAUCGAAACGGUAUCCAGCAAUGCCGAUGGAACCUGGGUCUUUCAAACUGAUACCGGCAAGGAGCACGCUUUUGAUUACUGCGUUGUUUCCACUGGAAUGUAUUCUACCUAUCCCUUUGUCCCGGAAGUACCCAACAAAGACGCCUUUGAAGGAUCAGCAAUCCACAGUAGCGAGUUUAGGCAUGCGGAAUCUGCAAAGGGAAAGCGCGUGGUUGUCAUUGGUGGCGGCAAGAGCGCUACAGAUUGUGCCACAAGCGCCGCUAACGCUGGAGCCGAGUCUGUUACCAUGAUACAGCGUAGGGCUCACUGGCCAACCCCUCUGCACAUUGCAGGCCUGAUUCCCUUUCACCAUGUAUUCCUCAGUCGAUUAGGCCAGGCUCUCGUGGAAGCCAAAGCGGGAGUGUACCCUGGCAGCAAGUCCAUUGCGUCUAUGUUCAACCCUGUCAUGGGGCCGAUAUUCGCACUUGUGGAGCAGAUUUUUGCUAUGCAGUUUGGUAUGAAGGGUGGUCUGCGACCCAAAGCCGGAGUCGUUGAAGACUUUUAUGGGUUCGCCGCGGUGCAAGAUGGAACCUUCACAAGGUUGCGCAGCGCUGGCCGUGUCGAUGUCAAGCUUGGAGAAAUAGAAUCAUUCACACCAGAAGGAGUACGCUUGAAUGGAGAAGACAUCGAGGCAGACAAGGUUAUCUUUGCAACUGGUUUUACGAAGGACUACUCGAGGAUCUUUGAAGCAGACAUUGUGAAGGGCUUGGAUGCACAGAAAGACGGACUCUACCUUUACAAACGAAUGCUUCCACCUCAGGUCCCACAUCUCGCUUUUGUUGGCUCUGAAGCUGCAACCAUCUUCAAUUGCACUGCAUCUGGCCUUCAAGCAGAAUGGCUCGCACGUACGCUUGCUGGUGAGACCAAUGCCGAUCUUAGCGAAGAGGCAAUUGCUCUCGAAGUCAGUGCUUUUCGUGACUUUGCGCGUUCUUGGAUGCCUUCGACAAGCGCUCGGUCGGGAUUGGUUUUGCUCCACCAGAUACAUUACUAUGACCAGCUACUGGAGGACAUGGGAGAGGACCCUGCACGUAAAUCAAACCCAAUCAGUGAAUAUUUGGGAUGUUACUACGGCAAAGAGUACAAUGGAAUCGUUGGCCAACCGUCUCGACUACCUGUUGGAGGAGCUGAUACUGCAACCGCGGCUUAGAGCACAAUGUUCUGACUUGGAGAGCAACAGCAUUUCACUUUUAUUGAAGAUGCAUGUUUAUCGUACGUUUCUCAGAAGAAGAACUUCAAAUCAUCUCCACAAAAGAUAGUACUGUACUCUCGUGCUGUGCAUGUAGGUAGUUCUCGGGCUGCCGCGGUUCUUCCCACGCUCAAGUUUCAGUUAUUGUCUCGGAUGAUUGUCGUCACGGUCGAUGUUGAAAAAGCAUGCAUCUGCUUCUGUGCUGACUGGUCUUUCCCAAGUUCAAGAAUUGCAUCGAAAUCAAAAACACUAUUAAUACCCAAGUUUUGAGCUU